AGCAUGAGCCCGAUCUGCGCCUGCGUGAGCACGCUGGACUGACUGAAAUGCUAACUAGCCGCGUUUAGCUUCGGCUAAGUGUUUAUGCUAGCGUUAGCUUGUUGAUAACUUUAAGCGUUGUGUCUGUUGUUAAAGUUUCUUGGUGUCGUGAAAGUGAGGGUGGUUUUAAGUGAGCCAGCGUUAAUGAAGCUAGCAGGCUAACGAGCUAACCACCAGCUCAUGAUGAUGAGUUAUUGUGCGGCUGCUUGUGUUUCCACAUUUCACGGCUUUGCUUGUUUUAUUGGAUGGAUCAGUUUUGUACAUAAUCAUCUUAGUAUUUAUUAAAAUAAUUAUUGCAAAAGAGUGACGUGUGGAAGCCGGAUGAGCCGGUCGGUCUUUUGUUUGUUUAUGCCGAAAACGAUCAGAACCUUCGGGGCUUCAGACUGAGCGAACACAGCGACACCUGGUGGUUGGUCAGAGUUAUGGCAGCCUGAGGAACCGUCGCACUUCGCUCGCGUCUCGUCUGUGAGUCUGCAUGUCCUGACUGAGGCGGGAUGCUUUUGUUCAGUGCUGCGUUUUACAGAAAAGUCUUUUUGAUUUGACACGACCACACUGUGCUGAAACCAGCCUCAGCAUCGCCCGCUCACAUCCGGGUCCAAUGGGAGACAGCGACGACGAGUUCGACAGGAGGAGACGGGACAAGUUCAGGAGAGAGAGGAGCGACAUGGAGCGGUCGAGAGAGAGGGAGGAGAGGAGGAGGGACGACUGGCCCGACAGGGACUGGGACCGCGGCAGAGAGAGGAGGAGGGACUACGAUCGCGGCCGCAGAGAGAGAUUUUCUCCGCCCAGACACAUGAGCCCUCAGCACAAACGCAUGCGGAGGGACUGGGACGACCACCGGGGGGAGCCGUACCGCUACGACAUGCCCUAUGGAGGCGGCGGGGUGCCGUUUGCGGGGGCGGGGCCUCAGGGCUGGCACCCUGACCUCCCCCACCUUCACCCACACCACGGAGGACACCCGCUGCAGGGCAGGUUGGGGAUGGUGGAUCCAGAUCUCCCUCCUCCUGGUCCUCCCACCAUGAGGAGCUUUAAGGAGUUCCUGCUGAACAUGGAGGACAAUGUGGACGAGACGGAGUCAGUGAAGCGCUACAACCAGUACAAGCUGGACUUCAGGCGGCAGCAGCUGCAGGACUUCUUCCUCCAACACAAAGACCAGGAGUGGUUUCGCUCCAGGUACCACCCCGAUGACAUCACGGCGAGGAAGGCGGAGUCUCUGGCCGCCCUCAAAACCCGGCUGGGCGUCUUCCUCUUCCUGUUGGACAACAACUGGCUGGACAACGUGUCACUGGACAUGGAACAUGCUCCCACCAUCAUCAAGCUACUGGAUGCAGCGGUAAUAAAGAUGGAGGGAGGGACAGACUUUGACCUGCAGGUGCUGGAGGUCCCGGCUGCUCCUGCUGCAGCCGGCGGGGACGUAGGAGGAGGAGGAGGAGGAGGUGGAGGAGGAGGUGGGGACAAGAGUCAGGGAGACGGAAACACGAGCAGACAGACGGGCUCGGAGACGACGGGGACUCGGACUGCGGAGACGAGCAGCGGAGUGACGGGACAGACGAAAGACUCUGAGAAGGACUGUGGAGCAGAAGCCAAGCAGAACGGAGAGGACAAAGACGAGGACGAGGAGGAGAAGAAGGACGAAGACGAGGAGGACGAGAAGACCACAAAGAAGGGCAGGAAGAGGAAACGCAGCGUGUCCGCUGACAGUGGCGAGGGCAGCGCCUCAGACUCUGACUCCUCCCACUCUGAUGGAGAGAAGGAGGAUGACGAGGAGAAAGAGGAAGAGGAGGAGGACAGAGGGGACGAGCGUCGGAAAGAGCGAGGGAAGGAGAGAGAGAAGGAGGUGCCAGCCAAGCCCCGCCCCCUCCACCUCACAACCUCCUUGUUCAUCAGGAGCAUCCCACCUGAAGUGUCCAAGGAGGAGAUCACAGCUUUGUGUCGCAGGUACCCGGGCUUCCUGCGGGUGGCGCUGUCAGACCCUCAGCCUGAGAGGAGGUUCUUCAGACGGUGCUGGGUGACCUUCGACCGCAGUGUGAACAUAAAGGAGACGUGCUGGAACCUGCAGAACAUCAGGCUCAGGGACUGUGAACUGUCUCCAGUGGUCAACAGGGACCUGUGCCGACGCGUCCGCGCCGUCAACGGCCUGACGCACCACAAGCCGGUGGUGAGGAACGACAUCCGACUGUCGGCCCGUCUCGUCCACACUCUGGACCAGAGGGGGGAGCUGUGGGCCGGACAGAUGGAGACCAACCCCGUCCUGAAGAACAUCACGGAUUACCUGAUAGAAGAGGUGAGCGCCGAGGAGGAGGAGCUCACUGGCGCCUCGGGGGGCAACAGAGACGACGCUGCCGACGGGAAAGACCCUGCCUCCUCCGACGUUACCGUGGAGACGGAAGACAAGCUGCUGAAGGUGCUGGACAGGCUGCUGCUCUACCUGCGUCUGGUUCACUCUGUGGAUUAUUAUAACUUCUGUGAGUAUCCUGCAGAGGACGAGAUGCCUCAUCGCUGUGGGCUGAUCCACGUGCGAGGACCCCUGCCUGUAGCCAAGAUCACUGCAGCCGAAGUGAGUGAACAUCAGAGGAUGUGUGAGGAGCGUCUGGCUCCUCUGCUGUCUCCCUCAGAGACUCUGAGUGAAGAGGAAGCCGAGAGGCUGGGAAAGAAGGACCCCGAGCAGGAGGUGGAGAAGUUCCUGUCAGCCAACACUCAGGAGCUCAGUAAAGACAAGUGGCUGUGUCCUCUGAGCGGGAAAAAGUUCAAGGCUCCAGAGUUUGUGCGUAAACACAUACUGAACAAACACGGGGAAAAGGUGUCCGCCGUCAGACAGGAAGUCGAGUUCUUCAACAACUUCCUGCUGGACUCCAAGAGGCCCUCCCUACCUGAGAACAAGCCCCUCCCACCGCCAGCACAAGCCACGCCCCCUGGUAUGCCAGGAUUCCCUGCUCAGUCACCACAGCAGCAAAGCCUUCUGGGAUAUCCCCCAGGUGUCAGACCUCCCAUGCCCAACUUCCCAGGAGGCGGACCUCCCUACCCCCCCAACCAGUUUGGGGCGGGCCGUGGUAACUAUGACAACUUCAGAGGUCAUUUAGGGGGCGGAGGAGGAGGAGGAGGAGGAGGAGGGUUUCCUGGGAAGCAACGAAACAGCAGGGGCGUGCGAGGGGACCCCCGGUCGAUCAUCGAGUACAGAGACCUGGACGCCCCUGAUGACCUCGACUUCUUUUAAGCCACAGGAUGAUUUUUUUCUUUUUUUCCAGUUAGAAAACUUUUUUUAUUCCUACGUUUCCCAUGAUCCUCCUCUUCGUCCCUCCAUCACACGUCUGUCUUUGUUUUUAGUUAGCUUUGCGUGUCAGUCAGCAGGACCAACGUUUGUGUCAUGAGUGAAGAUGAUCUGAUUCCACUUUCCAAUAAAGAUUCACGACGGCUGCUGAUGACUCGUGUGUUGCUAUGGUAACCAGAGUUGGUCUCCGUGUGAAUUGUGUUUGGACUCGUGUCGGGAACGUCGCUGAGUCAGCGUGUUGGAGCGUCUGACGUGUGUGUGUGUGUUUGUGCUGAGUCGCCUGCUUUGAUUUUCAGUCUGCAAAGUCACUGAAGCGAGCGAAUAAAACACGAGCUCGUACUCGGGUGAAGUAUUAGUACCUCACACUUGUACUUGAGUGGGAGGCAGGUGUCUGAAGUUACUCAAACUGAAUGUAAAUCAUGUCAACAAAUUAAACAAAUUAACAAAUAAAAAGUUGAAUUUCUCUUCUGAAUCAGCAUCAGAAUAUUAAA